AUGAGUUGUGCAGGAAUUAUUGAAAUGGAUUUGCGGAACUUGGCAAAUGAAGUGAAAAAGAAAGCUCCAGAGAUUCGCAAAGCCGCAGAAAGUGGAAUUGAGACGCUUCUUGUGCUGUCAAAGAAAUAUGCAAACAAGCCGAAAAAGAUGCGCAGCACAGAUUAUGUAACGCCAUUUAUCGAAUGUCUGAACAAUGAAAAAGUGAGUCCUAAAGCUUAUGACAUUGCUGUGAAUGGGUUGAACCAUGUGUUGGCUUACAACCUUGCUUCGGAUGCUACUGCCUCUACGAUUGUUGAUAUUCUGAAUGACCGUUUGAGCACCGAGGAGUCAUCCGCUCUGGGUCUUCGGAUCCUUCAAAUCUUUCCGAUUAUCGUGGAGAACACGUCCUUCAUUAUCCCUGAGCGCAAGCUCCAAAGUGUUCUCUGCCACAUGGCUACAAUUCUCUGCUCGGAGGACGCUUCAUCGCAGGCCUUUCAGCUCUCGCUUUCCUCCUUCCAGCAAUUGGUCCAAGCGCUGGGCAACAAGGCCGCCGCCUUCAGCGAAGCCAACGUGAAGAAAACCUCCAGCAAGGUGAACGAUUCGCUUCGCGAGAGGCCUCCCAAGUCGCUGGGCGAUGACGUUUACUGCUGCGCCUACUGGAGCGUGCUUCAGGACCUCGCAGCGCGCGUCAUGGACCAGAACGCCGCGUGGCUGAGCAACGGAGGCAACAUGGAGCGCGUCCGCUUGCCGCUGGCGCUGUCGCUCUCGUUGCUGCUCACGCUGCUGACGCAGAACGAAUCGGUGGUGCUGAACCGCGUGGAGUUCGCGUCUCUGCUGCAGUAUUUGGUAGAAAUCGAAGCGGGCUGCGAUGUAGCUGCUGCCCGCGCUGGCGUCGCUGCUGAAGGAGAAAACGGACGAUUUGGAGACUUGGAUCGCGGUGCUGAGGCUGACGAAGGUCGUGAUGCUGAAGUAUUUCGAGGUGCUGCCGGCCGUGGACUCCGCGCUGAGCGCGCUGAGCGACGUGCUGAAGCAAGUGGCGAAGAAGAAGCAGAAGAGUUGUAG